AUGAAGCCGAACGAGAAAAUAAAGUUAGCAAGUUUGUUCGAUAAAAUAGAGUCACAACUUCGUGCUCUCGAAUCUCUUGGUGUGACAACGGACAGAUGCGGCGCCAUGUUGUACCCUCUCGUCGAAUCGUCGUUGCCGGAAGAAUUGUUACGCACAUGGCAGCGGAAUCAAGUGACGCCAUCUGCGCCACAGCGUAUGGGAGAGGAGCCACCGCCGAGAGAAAAUAGACUCACACGAUUAAUGAAAUUUCUACAAUCCGAAGUCGAAAAUGAAGAGCGCAUAACGAUCGCGGUAAACGGUUUUGACAUGAAUGAACGGAAGCAGUCAAAAAAUAAACAACGCUCGGAAUCCACUAAAAAUACGCCUUCUGCUAUGAGUUUAUACGCGAGUGGAAAGGUUACUAAACCUACCGUGUGUGUGUUCUGCGAGAAUGAACAUGCAAGCAUGAAAUGUGAGAAAGCACGCAAAAUGACGCUGAGUGACAGGAAAUCGGUGUUGCAAACCAAAAAUGCGUGUUUCAACUGCCUGAAGAUCGGACAUCAAAGCCGUAUGUGUCGCGGAAAUCUGAAAUGUGCCUUAUGCAGUCGUCGUCAUGUUGUGUUAAUGUGCCCGGAGGUUAUGGGCGACCGUAAUGUAGCGCCGUCUCACAAAGCAGACGGAUGUGAUGUCAAAGAUGAAAAGUCGCUACUCAGUCACACAAAAGGGCCAGAAGUGAUACUGCAGACAUUACACGCGAUAAUCAGGAACAAACAGGAAGAACGUAUCGUGCGCGUGUUUUUCGAUUCGGGUUCUACAAAAUUGUACGUGUGUAAAGACCUUAUCCGCGUCAUGAACUAUGAGCCAAUCGGCAUGUUGAAGCUGAAGCACUCUCUGUUCAGCAACGUGUCUUCAGAAAUUAAGGAUCACCGAAAAUACCUGAUUCAUAUGAGCAGUCUUGAUAGAAAAUAUGCUUGCAACUUCCAAGCCUACGACGAGGACGAAAUAUGUGCCGAUGUUCCUCUAUGGGAUGAGCAGCCUUGGAUGAAUGAAUUAAAGGAGCUAGGCAUACAGUUAACAGACGGACCAGGAAAAACCAAGCAGCUCAAAUGCGGUCUGACAGCAAUUGAAACGCAUCUCGGUUGGACUUUGAUGGGCAAAACUCCGAAUUAUGUCGAGGAUGGAUUCGCAGCCCAGACUACUUCUAUGUUACAACGAGAGACCUGCAUAUCAGAUUUAUGGAGCCUGGAUGUCAUUGGCAUUAAUGAUCCGGUUGUCGAAAAAUCUCGAAAGGACUAUGAUGCACAAGUUCGAGAACGUUUUGUCGAGACCGUCAUAACCAACGAUGAGGGACGUUAUGAAGUAUGUCUGCCUUGGAUUGAAUCGCACCCUGCUCUGCCGAACAACCAUGAUCUUGCGGAGAAGAGACUCGUUACGACCACGAAGAGGCUCAAAGCUUCGGGAAU